AACUUCUUAAAAAAUUACCUCCUUCCAUAAAAAAGAAUAUAUGGAAUCGACUUACUUCUAGAGUACAUAAUCCUUUGUCAGAAGAACAGGCAAGUAGUAUUCAUUCUGAUAUUGAGUCAUUGCUAAUUAGUGAAAUUGAUAAAUAUGCAAAGAAAAAAAAUCUACAGCGAUGUAGUAAAUCAAUCUUAGAUCAUUCUAGAUCAAACUUAGAUCAAACCGAGAUUAAUCUUGGAUCGAACUUAGAUCAUCCUAGAUCAAACUUAGAUCAAACCGAGACUAAUCUUAGGCCGAGCUUACAAAUAACCAAUUCUGAAGAUAAAAUCAAUGCUCGAGUUAAAGAAGCUACGGAGGCAAUGCAUCAAAGGUUUAUUGAAUCUAUCCAGCAAACAUUAAACUCUAUCAAGCAACAAAAAGAAGCUGAGUGUAAUCAAAUUCGUUCAGAUAUGACUCUCAAGUCUAGAAAUUUAUUUGAACAUACAUUAAAAACAUAUAUUCGGGAUGGAACUAUAUAUAAUCUUAUUCAUUUAUUGGAAGAAGCGGAUGGAAAACUAUAUCCUGACAUAUCCCGCAUUGUAAAGAAAAAUUGA